ACUACGGCUGGCGAAUUGCCAAGGGUUGGCUUCAGCUGGGACGUCGUGCUGGAUCUCCAUCGCGUUGCAGUGCGCCAUACAGGUGCAGAGACAACAGCAAGUGAGCAGCGCAGAACGCCGCCCACAAAAUCAACGGAGCAAGGCUCCAAGCAUUUCUCGAAAGUGGGCAAAUCCAAGAGCCCAAAAGCCGAAAGUGUGAACGUUGCAAUAACCAGAACUCCACUAAGAUCUCCAAAAACAGACACCAAGCUAGCAGAAGCCGCGACUGCAACGACAAUUGCCCCAACUGCAACAACAACAACUGCAGCAACCACCAAAAGCAGCCAAACGAGGCUUCAAAACCAAGCGACUACAAGCAUGUUACUUUUGCAACCCAAUAGCUCCUUUAGUUCACUCUCGUCGUUCGACAAUUUCUCAACGCAAGCCGUGGCAACGACAACGACGACGUCCACAGUAGCUGCAGUAGCGAGUAGUGCUGGACACCAUCACCAUCAUCAUCAUCGCCAUCAUCAUCAGCAUCAGCAACAGCAGCAGCAGCAGCAGCAGCAACAGCAACAGCAGCAGCAGCUAGUUGGGCAACAGCAUCAGCAUCUGCUGCUGCCCACAUCCAGCCAGGUCUCGCUGCUGACCCAUGAGGAGGAUCAGCUGAUCAGCAAUCUUGCCGAUGCGGCCGUCACGCACAGCGAACUCUUCUCGGAUUUAUUUUUUCCAUCGGACUCGAACAACUCUUUGCUCUCGCCGGCGCUGGAGCAUUCGGUUGCCAGCUAUCCGGACACACAGAUUGAUGUGACGCCGUCCAGUGAGACUCUGAUCGGCAGCAGCGAGGAUAUCACAGGCUCCAUUGAGAAUCUCACCAAGCUGACGUGUCUGCGCGACAAGCGGCUUUCCUCAAUACAAGACCAGGCCCCAGCCAAUAGCAGCGCCGGCUCCGAGCAGGAUCAUCACGCGAUUUGCCUGCUCAGCCUGCGCUCCAGCAGCGAUCCCGCAAUUGCACUCCACGCUCAGCAGCAACAGCAGCAGCAACAGCAGCAACAGCAACAACAGCUGCAGGCCGCCUAUCUGCAGCGGCACGGCGCCAGCGACUUACUGAUCUCACCCAUUGGGGGGCCGCUCUCGUGCGGCAGCAGCCUGCCCAGUUUCCAGGAGACCUACUCUGUCAAGUACAACAGCAGCAGCGCCAGCAGUCCGAAGCAGGCGUCCUCCUCGGCCACGGGCACGCCCUCCGAUCAGAUCUUGACCAUUAAAAUGGAUGAGGACUGCUUUCCGCUGACCACCGCUGCGGAGGUAAUGGCUGACCUUAACUCUGGCCCCGGUUCUGGCCAGUCGCUGCACCAGCUGCAGGCUCAGCCCUCGGCCCUGGCAGCCGCCGGGCACAACAACAACAACAACAACAGCAGCAGCAACAGCAGCGGCUACAACUACCAUGGUCACUUCAACGCCAUCAACGGCGCUUCCAAUCCCUCGCCCAGCUCGUCGGCCAGCUCGCUCUACGAGUACAGCGGAGUGGGCCCUAAUGAUGGCUUCUACGGGCAACAGCAGCCAGGCUAUCAGCACAUUAACUACAACACGCCGAAUGGCGAGCGCUACUCCUUGCCCACAUUUCCCACCAUUUCCGAGCUGGAGGCAGCAACGGCUGCCGGCGCGUCCGCGGCAAAUGGCGGUGCCAACUCCGGCUCUGUCGUGGUCGUGCCCCCGCUGCGUCGUGCCUCGCUGCCUGUGCAGCGCUCCGUUUCGCCCGCCGCCGCCGCGCACAGCCCCAAGAUGGCGAAGCUGGCGCUGGGCUCGAGAAAUGCGCACACCGUGAAUGCGCUGCAGGUGCAGCUGAGCUCGGCACCCAAUUCUGCUGCCAGCUCGCCAGUGAGCGGAGCCGGCACGGAUUUUCUGCACAACCAGGCCCAGGGGCGUCUGCUGCAGUCCACUCAUCCAAACUCAUCGCAGCUGUGCGCCGUGUGCGGCGAUACGGCCGCCUGUCAGCACUACGGGGUGAGGACCUGCGAGGGCUGCAAGGGCUUUUUCAAGCGGACCGUGCAAAAGGGCUCCAAGUAUGUGUGCCUGGCGGACAAGAGCUGCCCGGUGGACAAGCGGCGGCGCAAUCGCUGCCAGUUCUGUCGUUUCCAAAAGUGCUUGGUCGUGGGCAUGGUCAAGGAGGUGGUGCGCACGGACUCACUGAAGGGUCGCCGCGGGCGUCUGCCCUCGAAGCCAAAGUCGCCGCAAGAGUCGCCCCCAUCGCCGCCCAUAUCGCUGAUAACUGCAUUGGUGCGCAGCCACGUGGACACAACGCCGGAUCCCUCGUGCCUGGACUACACACACUACGAGGAGCCACUCGAUCCGCUGACCCCGCCGACCGUAGCCAGUGGACUGGGCCUGAGCGAGGCCGACAAGGUGCAGCAGUUCUAUCAGCUGCUGAGCAGCUCGGUGGAUGUGAUCAAGCAGUUUGCCGAGAAAAUUCCCGGCUAUUUGGAGCUCACGCCCGAAGACCAGGAGCUCCUCUUCCAGUCCGCAUCGCUGGAGCUGUUCGUGCUGCGCCUCUCCUAUCGCGCCCGCAGCGAUGACACCAAGAUGAUUUUCUGCAACGGCACGGUGCUGCACCGUAACCAGUGCCAGCGCUCCUUUGGCGAUUGGCUCAACGGCAUCAUGGAGUUCAGUCGCAGCCUGCACAAUCUAGAGAUUGACAUAUCGGCCUUUGCCUGCCUCUGCGCCCUCACCCUCAUAACAGAGCGACAUGGCCUGCGAGAGCCGAAGAAGGUGGAACAGCUGCAGAUGAAGAUUAUUGGCAGCCUGCGAGAUCAUGUCACCUACAACGCGGAGGCGCAGAAGAAACAGCAUUACUUCAGCCGGCUGCUGGGCAAGCUGCCCGAGCUGCGCUCCUUGAGCGUCCAGGGACUGCAGCGCAUAUUCUAUCUCAAGCUGGAGGAUCUGGUGCCAGCACCGGCCCUCAUUGAGAACAUGUUCGUUACCACAUUGCCCUUCUAGGCGCCAUAACUUUGCUUCCUUAUAUUUAGCUUUUAAUAACGUAAAUAGAUUGCGUAAGUAAUUGAAAUUGGAAUCUCCCAGACAGCAUGUACCUAGUUCUAAGUGAUCUCAAGGAGCCUGAGAUAGCAGAACCCCGAAAAAACACAAGAAACAAUAAAACAAAAAACAUGACACAACAGUGUCUUUAGGAAGUUAAAGCUAUUGAAUUAAGUGUUCCCAACUAGACACUUACAUAUACGUAUAAGCAUGAUCGAUCCGAGCCCGAACCCGUACCCGCACCCGUACCCGUAGGCUAGGGUCAGCCUGGUUCCGUAUAGGCACUGAGCAGUGCAUAAUUGGAGCUGUUCAUGAAUAUUUCAGCACUGAGGCAAGUCCGUGGCUAUUCGUGACUUGUCAGCUGCACACAGAAUUUACAACUUGUUGACGUUAAUUGUUAAAUUGUUUAAUUCCGAUUCCGACUGUCAAAAUCAAUGGGCGCAACACGCACAUCCAGCUGCGUACCUAGACAACCUAGUGGAUAUAUUGGAAAACCAACUCUCAACCUUUCGCUGCCCGCUUCGAUUCGACCAAUUUUUGUUUGCCUUCAAGUACAAAUCAGAGUUCUUUCGUGCAAUGCCCACUCUUGCCUUUAGCUUACGUCUAGUCAAUUGUAUUAAGAACCAGAUGCACACAAAAUAAAGCCUAAGUUAUGAUUACGGAUAAAUAUAGCCAGCACGAUUUUCCCCCACAAAGUAUUUCUCCUUCUUUGCUGUCUAGACUUAAAAUAAAAACCAGAUAGAUAUAGUCUCUAAACGUAGCAUACAGAUAGGGUUUAUAGAGUUUGGUCGACAUUCAUGAGUUCUUGGUUUGAGAUUUUAUGGCACGACCGAGUGCACAAAGAGAGUUUAAGUACCUUUAUGUGAUUUGUGUCUGACACAUACAGAGCUGCACACAAGUACACAAACUAUUGAAUAAGACGAAAAAGAUAUUUAUGUAUAAGUAGGUGUAAGCAUAAGUAUUUUGUAAUUUAAGGUCAUUAUCUAUUACUUAGUUAUAAUAUAACACACAAUUAUAUGGAAUAGUUCUCAAAGAAUUGCAUUGAAUUAUGUGUUUCCCUACAUGUUAUUUCGAUUCAUUGCCCUCUGUGUGGUUUUGUGAUAAAUUGGCGUUAAAGUCUACUUAUGUCCAACUUUUAUAUGUUUUUUAUUUUUUAAUGGUAUAUCUGCAAUGUAAAAAAUUGACAUCUUACAAAUCUUAGCUAGAAAAUAAUUGAUGUACAGCCUUUCCCCUUUGUUUGACAAAAUCUUGCAUGGCUAUAAUUAAAGACUAAGUACAAUAACCAUUUAGGCCUAACAAAUGGAAAACAUAUCUCUUCAAGCUUUUGGAAGCACAAUACAAAUCUUAAAUGUUGUUAACUUAUUUUCGAUAUAUGUGCAAUAGCUGAAUUAAAUAUCACAGUACUUAUUGUACUUUUAUAGCUCAUUGAUUAUUCAUUUGUUGAGUAUUGUAUUGUUCAUAUUCAAGAUUAUUGAGCAAAUUAUUAAUAUAACCAUUACUAAUUAUUAACUAAGGCAAAGUAAUUCAUUAACUAUUUAAUCCACAGCCGAAAUAAA